AUGAACGCGAUGUCUCCAUCGCUGGGGAAGCUUGACAUUCCCAUCGUGGGUGCUGGCCUCGGAGGCCUUUUCGCUUCACUGGCGCUCCGACACGAUGGCCACCGGGUGACGGCCAUCGAUUCCUCCCCAGAGUUCCGAGAGGUGAGCAUUCUCGAUGGCCGGUCAUAUUGCAUGUGCUACGGUAUCUUCUUGUUCUUGAAUCAGCCGGUGGUGGCAUUCGAGCUAAAGAAGUCCACCUGCCGUCGAUACCACUUUGUCCGCUGGGAGGAUGGCUCGACUAUCACCAAAAUCCCCCUCGAUGGCAUCGUCAAGAGCCACGGGACGCGGUAUUACCUGGCCCAUCGAGCCGACCUGCACGCCAGUCUGCUCACGGCUGCCACCCGGGCAGGCAUCGCCAUCCACACCAACCAACACGUUACCUCGUACGAUUUCACCAUCCCAAUGGCCACCACGGCGCAGAAUCGGCAGUGUACUGCAGAUCUGAUCAUAGGCCACGCAGCUGUCAGAGGCGUUGAGCCGCUACGAGCACAUCCGCAGCCCUCGCGCGUGCCUGAUCCUGUGGAAGAUACGACAGCACCAGUGUAUUCUGCACAUCGACGACGGAGACGAGUAGCGCCAGCGGGACGAGGCCAUGCGAUAGGAUUCGUCGUCGAGUGCGAUCUUUUGGGGGUAUCGACGUCGUCGCGAGUGGCUGUUUGGUCCUGA